AUGCCCCAACUCGACCCAAUGCAGGCGGCCCCUCCCCAGCCCCAGCCACUCGCCACGCGCUCGGCCACCGCCUGCAUUCGCUGUCGCCGUCAGAAGACAAAAUGCCUCCACGAUGACAACGGCCAGCCGUGCCGAGGCUGCGUCAAGGCCCAGCAGCAGUGCGUCUUCCCCGGCAAGGUCCCGCGCGCCCCGAGGGCCCCCGUCAUAGCCGGCCUACCGCCUCUCGCCAACACCCCAACCGCUGCCACCGCCCAGCAUCCCCAGGUCCAGCAACCCCACAAAGAUGCCUCGCUCCCGGACCGCUCGGAUCAGCUUGAGCUGCACCCGAGCCACGUCCAGGAUUGCGAGCGCGCCCUCACCCUGUGGCCCUUUCCCUGCUUUCACCGCCCCGGCUUCAUGCGCCAGCUGCGGGAGGGCCAUCUCCCGCAGACUUUGAAUUAUGCCGUGCUGUCUUCAGGUGCUAGGGCGUCGCCUGGCCUGAUCCGCCAUUUCGGCUCUCCUGGAGGUGCCUCCGAAUUCUUCGCCGAGAAGGCUCAGGCAAACAUCAUCUCCAGCAUGGAUUGCCCUUCUGUUCCCGACGUGCAAUCACUCUGCCUGCUUGCUAUGCACCACUGGGGCUCCGGCCGUGGUAUUCGAGCCUACGUUUAUCUCGGCAUGGCUGCCCGAAUGGCCCAAAUGUUUCUGCCGCAAGCCACCUCCCACGACGAAGACUUCGUCGCAGCUGAGACUGCUCGCCGUACCAUUUGGACCUGCUUCAUCAUGGAUCAAUUUUUGUCGUGUGGAAAUGGACGUCCUGCCUCCAUCCGUGCUGAAGAGCUGCAAAUCCAGUUGCCAUGCAGCGAGGACGACUUUCACUUCGGGAGUGCGGUGACAACGCCUACUCUCAGUGGUGAAAUACCAAGCUACGCUUUGCUGAAUUGCCCCAAAGCCGAUGUUGGAGAGUUCGGCCACAUGAUCCGCGUGUCAAUUCUCUGGCAUCGCGCCGUCUCUUGGGUGAUGGAUCCACCCGCCGACGAGCAAGAUGACAACGAAUACCAUGCAAUUAUGGCAGCUCUCCACCAAUGGGCGAAAUCAUUGCCAUCACGCCAACAGGAUACGCCGGGCAAAAUUGACCUCCACAUCCAAGUCGGAAACGGCUACUCCUUCGCUUUCACGCAUAGCGUGCACUACUGCGCCCUCAUCUUCCUUGCCCGCAAGCAGCUGCACCGCAUGGGCCGCCGCACCGGAGGACGCGACACCGACGCCGAUGUCACCGCUGUCAUCGAUAUAAUUGCACAUGCUGCUCGGCGCGUGACGGCGCUGAUCACGACACUGGACGCCGAUGCGAGCUUCAUCAACGGCGGUGCUGACGCCGGUGUGCCGCCCCCGGCAUAUCCCAUCGUCGUCCUCUUCGCUGCCUAUACCGCCGCCUCGACCGUCGCCAACAUGACGCUCAACGGCGUACCCAUGCCUACCGGCGAUUCGCAGCAUCACGGUGGCAUACCCGCUCCUCUUCUCAAUGGCGCUGGCGGCGCGGAAGAGGCGAACGCAGCCGCCCGUAACGUCGUUGCUCCCGUCCUCGAUAUUAUCCGGAAGUCGGCUUCCGUCUGGCCGCUUGCUGAGCGCUGGCACUCGGAGCUAAGCCGGCUGUCGGGGAGGCUGGACACGCGCGGCAGCGACGCCAGUGCGACGCAUGAGCGCCACGACAGCCAUCACCCGCCUCUCUCUAAUGCGGCCGUCAAUGGCGGCAGUCCGCAGCAGCAGAGGCAGCAGCUUCCGCCUGUCAUCAAUGGCGACGGCAUGAAGAAUGUAGGUCCGACGCUACCACCGCUGCAGCAACUGCAACAGCAGCAGCAGCAGGAGGCAGAAGAUAGCAAGCUUGCACCAGUCAAGGAGAGUGAGGAAGCGGCAAGCGAGAGAGAUUCGAAGGCUUUCGAUGAGCAUCUCAAGGGAUUGGGAGAUUUGGCGACAUUUUUGGGGACCGGCGGGGUCAGGUUCUGA